AUGGCUGGAACUGAAGAAACUGAAAUAGUUUUUGCUAACUUGGAGUUUCUACAAGAGCCCGUCUCUUUCAAACGAGAUUCUACUAAACCAUCAACCUCAAAACAUCGAUGUGGAGGUUUCUGUUGUUCACCAUUGUGCUGCAUUCUCUUGGGCUUAUUGUUGUUGUUAUUAGUGGGAGGUGGAAUUACAGCUGGAAUUCUGAUUUCAAAAAAGCUAGAUACUACAACGACAACAACAACAAGUAUGACGAUAACGACUAGUACGACGACAGCGACUAGUACGAAUAGUACAAUCAGUACGACAACAACAACUAGUACGACGACAACAACAACUAGUACGACGACAACGACUAGUACGAAUAGUACAACCAGUACGACAACAACGACUAGUACGACAAGUGUUAGUGUAAGAUCUGGAUGUGCAACUGGCAGUGUACUUUUAACAUUUGAUGAUCUAACAUUCGGGCCAGACGUAUUCAUACCGAACAGUUAUGAUAAUACAUGUAUUGGUUGGACAAAUGGGGCUGCCUUCGUCAGUUCCUAUUUAUACAAUGCGAGUGGAUACAAUACAUCUACUGUCAGCGGAAAUGUUACAUCGUUUAACGCAUAUGGUGAUCCAAUGACUAUGAUAAGUGCCAACGGUCGUCCUUUUACUUUAUAUUCUGCUUCAAUGGCUGCAGCAUGGUAUGAUAAUUUGCAAUUAACGGUUGUUGGAUAUCGUUCAAAUAUCGUUGUUGCAAACAGUACUUUUAUACUUCAAGUAUUUACAUUGUUCAAUAUAGCAUUCACUGGAUAUUCAGGAAUAGACAAAGUUGUAUUUACAACGGCAGGGGGAAUACAAAAUCCAUAUGUUUAUGGUGAAUAUGGCACACAAUAUGGAAUGGAUAAUCUUCUACUAAGCUUUCCAUGA